AUGCCUAACAACACCUUCAAUAUACUAACUGACUCUCUGAGUACACUAAUAAGUAUCCAAAACCCCAUUAAAAAUAAUGAAAUAGCUAAUAAUAUUACCAAUCUUCUCAACAGCACUAACAAACUUAUAACACUAACAUGGAUUCCUAGCCAUACCGGAAUUGAAGGGAAUGAAAGAGCAGACAUGAUGGCAAAACAAGCAACCAGUGACCAAACCAUUGAAGUAUUGUACUCACUUUCCAAAGAUGACCUUAAAAGAGAAGCCAAACAUUUCAUAACAAACUUAUGGCGUAAAGAAUGGCAUUUACUGAGGGACAACAAGUUAAGAGAAAUUAAACCCACCACCGAUAGAUGGAUUAACCCAACAAAUUUAACAAGACAACAAGAAGUAAUUUUAACCCGCUUAAGGAUUGGACACACCUGGCAUACCCACAAACACCUCAUGGACAAAACAGACCUAGAACCAUGCAUCACCUGCGGAUCCGAAAUCUCCAUCAAACAUCUGCUACUAGAAUGCCGCCAAUUUAAUGAAGAAAGAACCAAACACAACAUUCCCAGCAGUCUCUCCGUAUGUCUCAACAAUGAACCCCUAAAUAUCAACAGAACACUUAGUUUUAUAAGAGACACUAAUUUACAUAAAACCUUGUAA